UUCUGUAUGUGACUUAAAAACAAACCGGGUGGAAAAAACGCGGUGUUUGUUUUUCUCCAAACACGAAGGCGUAUUAACUUUAUUUUAACUCCCAGCCUCUGUAAAGGCGGAUGAAGAAGAUGUUAAAGAGGAUAGAAAGUGAAAAAAAAAAAAUACCACGUUAGUUGAUUCAGUGUAACUGGUUUGUGUGUCAUGGAUGAAUCGAUACCUCUGCUGAGUCGACUCAGUUAUGCAGUCGGACACUUUUUAAACGAUUUGUGCGCCUCUAUGUGGUUCACUUACCUCCUGGUGUAUUAUCACUCUGUGUUGGGCUUUCAGAACACGUAUGCUGGUGUGUUAUUGUUAGUGGGACAGAUAGCAGAUGGAGUGUGUACUCCUCUGAUCGGAUAUGAAUCGGACAGGACGGCAGGAUGCGGCAGUUACGGCAAGAGGAAAACAUGGCAUUUAAUAGGGACGGUCAGCGUGAUCGUCUCUUUCCCCUUCAUCUUUAAUCAGUGUCUCGGCUGUAGCGAGUACACUCCACAGUGGGCCAGUCUCAUCUACUUCACCCCUUUCAUCGUCAUCUUCCAGUUUGGCUGGGCUGCGACCCAAAUCUCCCACCUGUCCCUAAUUCCCGAGCUGGUGAAGUCCGAGUCGGCCAAAGUGGAGCUCACGGCUUACAGAUACGCGUUCACCGUCAUCGCCAACAUCACCGUGUACGCCGUGGCCUGGCUGCUGUUCCAUUUCCAGUCUAACGAAGAUCCGUCUAUUACCGAUAACCUCGGGCCCGUCGACAUUCCCAUCUUCAGAAAUCUGAGUCUGAUCGUGUGGGCGAUCGGCGUGUUUUUCUCUCUGAUCUUCCACCUGGGUACACGGGAGACAAAGGCUGGAUGUAAGGAGGAUGAGGGAGCAGAAGAUAACGGACAACAGACGCCUCACCUCAUUCGAUCCACACUGAACCCUCCUUCUGUGGCUCUGCAGUGGCGACACUGGCUCAAAGAGCCGUCCUUCUACCAGGUUGCACUUCUUUACAUGUGCACAAGGCUGAUAGUGAAUCUGUCACAGACCUACAUAUCCAUGUACCUCACUAACUCACUGCUCCUGCCAAAGAAGUACAUCGCCACAAUCCCCUUGGUGAUGUACGUGAGCGGAUUCGUCUCCUCACUGAUCAUGAAGCCCUUCAACAAGCUGAUAGGGAAAACUUUGGUCUAUUUUGUAGGUCUGGUCCUGAUCCUGAUCUUCUCUUACUGGGCUCUGGUGGACACUCAUAUGGGAGACGGCGUGUACGGUGCGGCGGUGUUGUUGGGGGCGGGGUCAGCCACCAUCCUCGUCAUGUCUCUGUCUAUGACCGCAGAUCUCAUCGCCGAUCAAACCCAAAGCGGAGCAUUUGUUUACGGGGCUAUGAGCUUUACUGACAAAGUGGCAAAUGGACUGGGAGUCAUAAUCAUCCAGAGCCUGCACCCGUGCCAUACUCAGGUGUGUUGUCCUGCGUGCGUAUGGUAUUAUCACUAUGUGAUGGUGAUCGUUACGGGCGGAGUCGGCGUCAUAGCUGCACUCAGUCUCUGCACCAUUCUCAUCUGGCCAAUCAGGAUCAGCCAUCUGUCGGUGGAGCGACAGGUAAACGGGUCCAACUAACAUUCACCCUGACGGUCUCAGCGUGAUGCCCGGUCUGAUGCCAGACAGAGAAGAUUCAGACAGCAGCAGCGAGCCGACGUCGGUGAACUGAAUUCCGCUGAAUCGUGUGUAAAUCUGCACAGACUGAGGAUUACAGUGAACUGAAGUGAGCCUGAUGUUAUCUUCCUCUUUAUCCAGUUAUUUACGGAUAUGUCCCGUGAGUGUGUGUGUGGACUAUUCUCAUGUGGGUAGCUGGAACACGUGCAGUCCAUCAUCAUCAUCUUCAUCACUAACAGCACUACCCAAGUGCCCCAAAUUACAAAUGUUUUUAUUUUGGCAUCUGGGUUUCACAAAAUGACAGAUCACAUACACCAUGGUAUAUGUUUCUUAUACUGUGAGAUAUAUAUGUGUGAGAGAGUGUCUGUGUGUGUGUGUGUGUGAGUGAGUAGCUUCCACACUACACAAAACCUCUUAAAACUACAUAAAAUCUAAGAUCAUAGAAAGCUGAAAAUGAUAAAAUGCUGACAAAACAGAGAAAGUUCGCCUCCUCAGCGCACUGGCUGUGUGUAUUAGGUCUCUAAAUAAUGCAGCUCAACCACUGCAGAGCUUCCACUUCCAUAGACACACUACUCUAACCCAUCGUCUUUUUAUAGGGUGCUUUUACUUUUGUCAUAAUUGAACAGCUAGGCUUUAUAUGGCUUGUGUGGAUUUGUUUUCUGUACAAGUCAAUGUUCAUUAACUUGUAUUUAAUUAAGCGGUCGAAUCUUGGCAAUGUAAUCUGUAUAAAUCCUGAGGAAACUAAAUUAACUUGGGCACAAACUUUAGGAUACAAGUGUUUUUUAUUUCCAUUAAUUAUGCGUAUUUUCCUAAGAGCUACAUAUCUUGUGAAUAAUUCAUUUAUAUGCAGUUUGCUAAAAGAGGCUCAGUGUAUUCUGAGGUAAUUUAUAGAUAUUUAGCCGUAGUUAUCGCAGUGCUAAACUGGUGGCUAUAAGCUCCUUUUACUGGUUAGCUGCGUUAGCCUCCUGUCUCAGACUAAAGAUUAAAGACAAACAUGUCAUGACCUGCCUACAUUUAAGCUGAUCUGUCACUUUAACGUUUACAUCAUAGCUUCUGUGAGUAGACACUUGAAAAUGAUGAAUCCCUACGUUGCUUUUGUGAGAAGUUUCCUUAUGUAGGUAGCACACUUUGGGAAAGUGCUCCUAAUAAAUAGACUACUUUAUUUUCGGACAGAUUUAACGGAGCAUCACAUUUCCUGUCUCAUAAGAGACAAUGAGUGUAUAUCAUUAUAUUGCUGCAAUAAUAAUAAUAAUAAUAAUAAUAAUAAUAAUAAUAAUAAUAAUAUUAUUAUUAUUAUUAUUAUUAUUAUUAUUAUUAAUAGUUGUUGUUGUUGUUGUUAUUAAUGCAAUAUAAUAGUAAUAUAUAAUAUAAUAAUAAAAAUAACAUUAUUAUUAUUAUUAUGAUUGUUAUCGCAAUAUAAUGAUAUAAGGUGUGACGUCAGUUUAAAAUCAGGGAAUAAUGGAUGUCGUCAUGACGCAGAACGUUAAUGUUAAUACUGAAAAUGCACAUUUUGUUUAAAGGGAAAUCACGUGUUUUAUUUUUAUUCUCUAUUUUACGGGGAACAGCAGCAGCACAGCUGCAUCAUGUGGUGAUGAACACUGUUGUUUUGACAAAAGUUUAUUUACUGUAUAGUUACACUUUCUGUUCAUAAAGCUUUAGAACUCUACUUAACUCAUCGCUAACAAUUCAAUACGGCACAGAUGCCACUUAGUCUUUACUAUAUUUACACCAUUUAUUUCUUUUUUUUUUUGUUUCAUUCUUCAACAAUUGAGCUUUAAAUAUAUACAUACACGGUUAAAAUGUGAUUUAUUAAACCGCAGUUUUUAAAAAUUCAGCUGUAAUCCUAAAUAAAUAUAAUUAAGUAUACAACCUAUGACCUAAUAAAAGGUCUCUUUAUCAAAUCAGAUUCACUUCUUUUUACUUCUCUCCGUUUUCUCCAAUAUCCGAUCGACGUCAUUAAUACCUAAUAAAGACUGAUAAUUACUAAUACUGUAUCUACUGUCUGAACCUUCAAAAUCUCAUCUUUAUUCAUUUCUGUUUGCAUUAAUCAGGUGUCUUUUAAUCAUUUUUUCAAAGAAUUAUAAAACAUUCAGAGAAUAACUAAGGAUAUUAAAUGCUCUAAUGCUUGAUGAUUAGACUUUAUAACACAAGGGAUUAUGUGCACAGUAAUUAUUCAGUCGUGUAUGAAAACAGCUCUAAUCAUUAAAAUGAUGUUAAGGAAAUAAAUGGAGAUUUAUGUGUAUAUAUAUAAGUAUAAUCAGGUUUGAUCAGAUGCAUGAUCUGCUGUGAUUCUGCCAUCUGACACGUUUUUUGUAUCUUUAUUGUAAUGUACGAUAUUUUUUUUUAAAUCAAAUUGUAAA